UUUUUUUUUAUUACGAGGGCAACCCCCUUCCUCGAGUUUUACGCCAUGUCCACUCCGACUACAUCAAACCCGACAGAUUCUCCCGUAGUCACCUCCGCGAGCCACGACCCCAGCCUAUACCAUUCUCCCGGUUCCUUUGCACCGUCUGGAUCUAGGCGUCAUCUGAGCACUCACCCUCUCAUACCUUUUGACCCUAUUUCCGAGUCAGCCGAAAAGCCAGAUGACCUGCACUCUCCGCCAAACAGAGCGAGCGGUUUCCUAGGUAUUGUCCGACAACUCUACACGACCCUCAGCUAUCUCUUCGGCUAUAAGGAGACGUGGAGUCUGGUUCUGUUCAUCAUCUUCGGGGGUGCAUUGGUGGGGUUCGCGCUUGCGCGCUCUUUCAUGCUCGAUCCUAGAGCAUCGAACUACAAGAACAACUUACCGCCCGGGGAAUGGUACUGGGGCGGUCGCGCACCUUAUCGUGGAGCUCUUGUUACUCACGUGUGGACAUCGUUUUGUCAGUACUGUCACUUCACCCACGACCCUCAUAUCGCGUGUGAUAUUAAAUGGUUUCAUCUUAGUCAUCGCUUGGGGCGCCGUUUUGCAAUUCAUACCUGGCAUCCGCAAUGUAAAGCAGGAUGAUUCUCCAUAGAGCAAAUGGUUACGGCACACUCUUCCUGCUUCC